AUGAAGUGGAAUUUCGUUUUGAAUGAAAAUGUGAGAAAGUUUGCUCAUUUUCAUUUAUCCAUGAUAACAUGUAUUAUACUUGGUAAUUAUGGACGUGAAGCAGUCACAGCCUUAUCAACAUAUCAUCCAUCAUAUAUUAGUGCCGGUACAGUCCUUUGGAGUAACUGUGGUGGUUGUAUUCUAAUGGGAUUGUUUCAAGCUAUGAACGCCGAGACAGGUUGGUUUACUAAUUAUCCAAAUUUAUUUACUGCCGUUACUACAGGUUUUUGUGGUUCUUUUUCUUCUUUUUCUACAAUGAUACUUGAAGCCUUUGAAUAUUCUUCAAGUCAAACUCCAUCAAAUAUUAAGAAUCAUACAAAGUUACCAAAUAGAGCUUAUGGUAUUAUGGAAUGGUUAUCUGUAGUCAUUAUAGAAAUUUCUGUUUCAAUGUGUGGUUAUAUAUUUGGUAGAUAUUUAGGUACAGAAAUUGUUAUUAAAGCAGCUACAAUCCAAGAAGAAGUGUUUAUUGAAGAAAAUAAAACUAUAAGGAAAAAACCUUAUCCAAUGGUGGAUAAAAUUAUGAGACUUAUCUAUAUUACUACUAUUGUUGCCGCAAUACCAUUUAUUAUCCUUGUCGUGGUCUUGGCUGCUUAUUACGAUAACUAUUCACGUGGUAAAUGGACUCUACCACCUCUAUUUGGUAUAUUUGGAGCUUAUUGUAGACUUUAUAUAUCUAAAUGGAUGAAUCCAAUAAACAAAGACUUUCCUUAUGGUACAUUUGUUUGUAAUGUUUUUGCUACUCUAAUAUUGAGUAUCCUCACAAUAGUUGUACGUGGGAAAUUACAUGAGGGAAAUCCACUACCUAUUGUACAUACAAAAAAUGCAUGUAAUGUCAUUACUGCCCUUAUGAGUGGAUUUUGUGGUAGUUUAAGUACUUUUAGUACUUUCGCUAAUGAGGCUUAUAAGUUACCAUUACCAAGAACUAUCAUCUAUUACUCAGCAUCAAUAGUUCUAGCAUAUGCCUUAGUGGUAAUUACAUUAGGUUCAUAUGCUUGGACAAGAGGUCUAACACUAUCAUACUGUUAG